GCAGCACGUCAGUGAACAACAGCAUACGUGAUCCGAUCAAUUCAAUUCCAAUUUCCAAGGUAACAUACUUAGCUACUUUGCUCACAAAUUACAAUCGAUUCAUGGCUCAGCCGGCGCUCGUCUUCUUCUUCCUCCUCACCGUCACCGCUGUCGCCGCGCGAGACGCUCCGCUCGUUUCACCGGUGCCCAUUGGUCAGAGGUACAUCGUCGGCGGCGCGAACGGAUGGCGCGUGCCGCGAAACAAGGACAUGUACAUAAAGUGGGCCGCUGGCAUCCAGUUCUACGUCGAGGACUCCAUCGAGUUCAUGUACAAGAACGACUCGGUCGCCAAGGUGGACAAGUACGCGUACUACCACUGCAACUCAACGGCUCCGGCCGGCACGUCGCCCGCUAAGGACGGCAGCUCACUCUUCCUCCUCGACACUCCCGGCUACGCUUACUUCGCCAGCGCCGACGCCAAGCACUGCAAGAAGGGCCAGCGGCUCAUGCUCAACGUCAAGGCCAGGCAGGCACCGGCCCCGGCCCUGGCCCCGGAGACCGAAGAAAUCCCAACCCCUCCUGCCCCUGCGCCGCUGCCGUCUUCACCGGCGCCGGCGCCACGACGGCCGGUAAUGGAGAACGGCGCCGCCGCUCUGGCCUCAACGUCUUCUCGCGCCUUGGUGUUUCUCGCAGCACUCGCCUUGAUGGGUCUGAUUCGGGCAUGAUAUAGGAGUACGUUAUCUAGCAGCGUCGUCGGGCGUUCGUUGUCUAGUUCAGAGUUUUAGCGUGGCUAGUUAGUUCUUAGGUCAGAACAUUGUGUCACAGUGUGUCUAGUUUGUGUUUCUUAUCGGCGAUCGAUCCCAAUAACUUUUUGGUGACAAUUAGAGUUCUCACUACAAGAUUAAUUAAUCAAAGUUAGAUCGUGCA